UCCGCCCCUCGCAUGACUCACCGGAGAUAAAACAGGGAAGCAGGCACACACACACAACCACUACUUCUACUGAGAGAAAAUAGCUACAGGAAGGAGUUCUGGGACUUCAACCAGCUGCUGAAUCCACAAACUGAAUGUGAGUUUUAUAAGAACAAAGACUCAAAGUGAAAGUAACUUUCAGGGAAAAGUUGAAGGGGCUGAGCUGUCUGUCUGCUGUGUUUCUGGCUUCACUCUGAGACAAAAUGGCUUCCAGAUCAGAGGAGGAUCUCUGCUGUCCGGUCUGUCAAGACAUCUUUAGAGAUCCUGUUGUUCUGGUGUGUAGCCACAGCUUCUGUAAAGACUGUCUGGAGAGCUGGUGGACAGACAAACCAACACGACAAUGUCCAGUUUGUAGGAAAAGAUCCUUGUCUAACCCACAUGUUAGUCUGGUGUUGAAGAACCUGUGUGAGGCCUUCAUACAGGAGAGAGAUCAGAGAUCUUCAGAGGCUCUCUGCAGUCUGCACUCUGAGAAACUCAAACUCUUCUGUCUGGACCAUCAGCAGCCGGUGUGUGUCGUCUGCAGAGAUUCAGAAACACACAUCAACCACAGAUUCAGACCCAUCGAUGAAGCUGCACGACAACACAAGAAGGACCUUCAGGAAACUCUGGAGCCCUUAAAGGAGAAGAUAAAGGCUUUUGAACAAGUUAAAGUGAACUGUGAUCAAACAGCAGAACACAUAAAGGUCCAGGCCCGACACACAGAGACACGGAUUAGGAACCAAUUUAAGAAGUUUCACCAGUUUCUAGAAGAGGAAGAGGUGGCCAGGUUGGCUGCACUGUGGGAGGAAGAGGAGCAGAAGAGUCAGAGGAUGAAGGAGAAG